CCUUAACACGGAGGACAUGAGGCUUCUCUUCUGGUUCCUUCUGGCCGUGGUCUUGAGCAUGGAGCUAGCUAUAACACAGGGCCUGCAGUGCCACCUGUGCAAGGACUUUGGAGGCUGCUCCGGCAAGUUCAGAUGCCCAAGGGACUCUACCCACUGUGUCAUCAUUGCCACCCGGUCUCCCAUCAGCUUCACAGACCUGCCUCUGGUGACAAAGAUGUGCUACAAAGGCUGUCCUGAUGUCCCCAGCUUGGGCUUGGGUCCUCAUGUAUCUAUCGUUUGCUGCCAGUCCAAUCUCUGCAACAGAGACUGACCACACUUGUCACUACCAGCUGGUCCCACAGGACCAUGUCCAGGCCUGGUCCUUGGAGAUCAUUCCAGUCUGGCCAGCCCAAAGGAAGUUCAGAGUGAAACCCUGUGUAAACCCACUGUGGUACAAACAUAAGGC